GCUCAUUUACAAGGAAUCACACUACCUCCCGAGGUCGAGUGCUAUCUGGGUGCUUUGACAGAGAUUGCCGAAGCCCUUGGGAUUGACGAUCUCUCAUUCUCUUCAUACGCAUCAGCGAUAGAUGACUUCGAACUCGAGGAGCUAUCUGUGUCUCGUGCUUUACUCAGGACAAGACAUGUCGAGGAUGACCUGACAGACAAGCUACUGUCUACGAUACACGAAGACCAGCUCAUACAAAAGUGGAUGCGAACCUUGCAAGCCCCUGCCGAUCCGCAGGAGACAGUACCCGCCAUGGAACGCAGAAAGGCCGCCCUUACAGCCAAAGCAAAGGAGUACGCGAGAGAGUUGGACGAGCUAAAUACCGAUAUGCCAGAGAAUUCCCCGCUCACGAUCACGGAACUCGCGGCAUUUCGGAAAGAACUCAAGAAACAGGAACAGGUCCUCAAGGAAAAGCGAGCUCAAGUAGAAGCAUUCCAGGGCUUGCCUCCUAACAUUGAACUUGCCAGACUUGCGCUCCAGGAGGCCAGAGACAAACAAAUGGAGCUGAUUCAGCUCAGAGAAAGACUUCUGGGGAAGAUGGUCGACGGCGUUAGCUGA